GCUAAACGAAAAAAUUUAACUACAAAAUUCUACAGUAAGUGACAAUAAUUUUGUCCAUGGUCGGCGUUGUAUAAAAGAGUUCACGUGAUCUUAGAGAGGGUCUCACGAGAGCACUCUGAUCACAUGACAGAGCCCUGCAUUUGAGGAGGCCUACUGCACAGUGCCAAGAUGUUGGUGGGUGUAUCCUUGGUACUGUUUCCGCUCGUUUUACAAGCUGUCUUUGGCUUUCAAUGUGGAAAAGGUGAAGGGAAAUUGCAAGUUCACCUAGUUCCCCACACACAUGAUGAUGUUGGUUGGCUGAAAACAGUAGAUGAAUACUAUUAUGGCGCCAACAACUCGAUACAACAUGCAGGAGUGCAAUACAUCUUGGACUCUGUUGUCGCUUCGCUGUUGCAGAACAAGGAAAGGACAUUUAUAUACGUCGAAAUGGCUUUCUUCACGAGAUGGUGGAAUCAGCAAAACGACCAUAUGAAGCAAAUUGUAAAGGGUUUAGUCAAAAGUAGACAACUGGAGUUCAUUAAUGGGGGCUGGUGUAUGAACGACGAGGCUGCAACUCAUUAUAACGCCAUAAUUGAUCAAAUGUCUCUUGGACUAAGGUUCAUUAACGAAACAUUUGGUGCAGAGGCUAGGCCCACAGUUGCCUGGCAUAUUGACCCGUUUGGGCACUCAGCAGAACAGGCUUCUUUGUUUUCAAUGAUGUCGUUUGAUGGAUUCUUUUUUGGCAGGAUAGAUGAAGAAGACAAGCAGACAAGACUAAAGGAACAAAGAAUGGAGUUGGUCUGGAGAGGUAGUAGAACAUUUGAAAAAUUAACACAAAUAUUUACUGGUGAGCUAUAUAAUGGAUAUGGUCCACCUGGAGGAUUUUGUUUUGAUGAGUUUUGUGGAGAUCCCCCAAUAAUGGAUGACAAGAGGAUGUUUGAUUUCAAUGUAAAAGAAAGGGUUGAUACUUUUGUGAAAGAAGUGUGUGACCAAGCAAUACAUUACAAAACAAAUAAUGUCAUAUUGACAAUGGGAGAGGAUUUUAUGUAUGAAAAUGCAAAUCUAUGGUACAAGAACUUGGACAAAUUGAUAAAGUAUGUGAAUGAGAUAGUCUUGCCUCAAACCGCCAUCAACAUAGCAUGGACACAGUCAUCAAAAUAAUCAAGACUUGGAAUCAUGGUUUACAUAUGGAAAUUGUCAGACAAUAUCCAUUGUACAACAAGAUGUAUGCUGUAAUGAAGAUCCAGCAGUAGAUGCCAAAACAGGGGAGAUUGACAAUAUGAGACAGCCUACCUUUCUCUUGCAGGCGAUACAUGCUUUUGCCAUGGCGAUCAAUAGCCCGCAUUAAUAAUUUGACGAGAGUGGGGGUGAGGGCCAUUGCCCGCGUGAAACGAAGAGGCCUGGCUAUGCAAUGUGCAUUUGGAAGUUCGUCUUUGCAUUUGGAAGACACAUGUACUAUUGGUGUCACUGGUGUCACAGAAUUUUCUUGAGUGCUAUAUAAUCUCUAGAAAAUAAAGUAAUUAUUCAAUUUGUUCAGUAGAAUUUUUCCUGGGAUACACAAAACCCCCGAUGGUGACGAAAUCCAACAUGUUCAUGCUUCUGCAUUAAAGCUGAAACCAUCAAUUGCAAGGGAUUUGAUGGCAAGAGAUUUCAGAUUUUCCUCCUUGACCGCCCUGAUUGAAGCAGCAAAACGAUUUGAGACCUCGAUGAGCGAAUCCUGUGACAGAGCUGCCCAUGUUUCCCUCUAUGCCGAUGAUGCGCGAAAACGAUUUGAUUUGCCAGCAGUCCAAGAAUGCACCAAGCAUACAGACAAUUUCGCACCAUAAAACCAAAUCUGCACCGCAGGCAACGCCAUUUCUACGAUAUGGCUUCGUGCGAUUUACACGUGCCAGAUGACAAAAUCGUUUACAUGCACAAGGACUCCGCUUCAUGCAAAAGUAGUCAAAAACUCAAACUCUGCGCAAUUUUGAUGGCCCCAUCCUCGUCACAGGCCAGUCACACUCACACUCUGCAUGGUCGACAAGAUCUUUUAAAUUGGCGCCAUGCUAUCUCGGAACAUGACUGGCCGCACCCUGUCAACAUAGAAAAGAUAUUUGUACUUCCAGAGCCCGACCCAUCUGACAUCUCUAAGUUAGACAAAACACAUUCUUAAAUCGAGUCCGAUGAGAACCCUAGCGUAUCUCCUAUGCACUUGUAUGCCUCUAACAAGGAUGCCCCUCAAAAAGAACAGCCUCCUCGAUCUUGUAGGUCUAGAAACACUGUUAAAAUAAGUGAUUCUGCCAUCGGUCAACAUCUUUUAGACAACCCAGAUUGUGCAAAACUCUAUAAUGACGACAUGUUUCGGAUAUUUGGUAGAGCCCAGUCGUCCUUCCAUCUAGCAUUUUUGGAGUCGAUCUACAUACAAACGAAAAAGCCGCCAUUGUGUAGACAGAAGGAGUUCGUUUUCUCUCUUGGACUCCAGUGGUAAUUUUUGUUCAGGCUCGCGGCACUGAUUGGUCAACUAUACCGGUCUUGUGCUUGCGUUUUUCUGAUCCACAACUGGGAAUAUAUUUUUUAUCGUGUUCUUUCGGACCAUUAUUCUGACGUUUUAUGCUCUGAGGAGUGUCAGACGAAAAAGCUUUUAGUAUGUUGUAUAACGUUUACUUUUUCAAAGGCAGGUUUCUAUAUGAGUCGUACCCUCCAAGCAGAGAAAUCAUAGCUCGACAUGGUAGACUCCGCGGUAUAGUUUAAUCGCGCACUUUCCUCCAUAUGGAACGUGGUUUGCGAUUGCGAUCACAAUACAUACCUUGAACGAGAAUAUUGCAGUCAAAUGCUUGGCGUGGUCUUUAACGAGCAUCUGUCGCGGGAUGACCACAUAGUCAAAGUAAUGUCCUCAUGCCUCUAUACCAUGUCCAUACUACGAAAAUUCAAAAAUCUUAUGCCAUAUAAAUUGAAGCGACAAGUUGUCGAGCUCCUCGUUUUAUCAAAGAUGGACUAUGCAGAUGCUGUUAUUCGUCCUCUUCCGUUACGACUUUUAAAACGAUUGCAAAAGGUUCAAAACGCUGCUGCAAGUUUUGUAUUAGGCCACUACGCCAAGGAGAAAGAUGUAAUGACACUUGGUUUGCUGCCAAUGAAAGAGCGCCGAGAUUGGCAUCUAUUGAAUCUUUCUCAUAAGUACGUUCAUGAUGACAGGAAGCUAAAAUAUAUUAUUAAAAUAUAUAUUUAGAUGCAAGGAAAAGACAACUAGUACAACCUUAGUUUGAAAUGAAUUUUUUUGUUUCUUUUCUUAAUUAAUUACCUUUUAUAUUGUAAAUAAUUCUAAUUUUUAAAACAAAUAAUGUAGUUUUUAGCGACCAGGUGAAGAACUACUCUGUGGAGAAACUGGCCUUGAUUUCAUUAUUAUUAUUAUUAUUUAUUAUUAUCAUUUAUUAUUAUUAUUAUUAUUAUUAUUAUUAUUUCUAUUGUUUGCGCGAUGGAAUUUAUGCUCUGUCUUUAGACAUUUUUUCACGUUUACGUUGUUAAUUAUGUUCAUAAAUCAUUUUAUAGCCAAUUUACAUUAUAACGAACAUUCAUAAUUCGCACAUGACAUUAAUAUAUUCAUUAUACAUCGCCAUAUAAACAUAUGGAAGGGGAGGAUGUAACAGGUUCACUCUCCUGUCACAUGUCACGCAUGCGCCGUUAAUUAAUAGUAACAUGACAUUUAACUAUAUAUAUUGUAAAUAGAAAUUUAAUCGCGUGUUGAGUAGCCUGUGCUCCAGACCCCUAACUUGAAAGUAAGAGGUCUGGGACACAGGCUAGUGCUGAGUUGAUUUGAUUCAUGAAAGAUGAUUACGGUAGAGUGCGUUGUUAUUUGCCUCUCGCACUACCAUUCUGUGUUAUGAAACGCCUCUGUGUUGGCAACACUUUAUCAUAUUAUAGAUUCCUCAUGAAUGAGCAAUUUCUUAUCAGUCAUCGAAAAGUUUGAAUGAUUUUUAUACCCAACAGAGAAUCUUUAACACAAAUUCAAGUAUAUUGGGUGUGGUCAUGGGUUUUGCCUCUUGAAUUUGCCUACCGCACAGCCCCCUUUUCUAACAUUUAGGACGGCGCCUCUGCAUAGGCCCCUACAGUAGCCCAGAGGUAUUCCAUUGCUGCUCUAAUUAAAGCUU